AAGAGUGAAGAAGUUGCUGAUCGAUUGUACAGCUAUCCCUGGUAUCUAGGAGGUAAAGAAGAUCAGAAUAUUAUUUUAUUCAUGAUUAAAAGGACACAGAAGCCGAUGAAAUUGUCUGCAACGCCUUUCGGAAAUUAUGACUAUAGCUUUUUUGUUUUGGUGAUAAAAACGGCAUACUCAUACCUUACUUUGCUGAGGAAUCACACGUAAAAUUGAAAAAUGAUGUCGAUUGCUCCACAUGUUACUUAAUAAUAAGUAUACAGCUUAUAUGGAUUAGAAGAAUUAUA